UGGUUUCUGUUCCAGACACGGUCACGUUGAUGGGUUCCAGAAGAAGAACAGAUCUUCGGACACGAAACACAUCCUCCAACUAUUGUUUCGAUUCGAUUCGAUUCGAUACUCUUCCCUCUGUCGCACGUUGUCGGCAUUCUCUUUCACAUAAAACCGAACCGAGUGGAUCGAAGCCGGGAGGAAGCGAUGGAUGUUGGUGGAUGCGAUUCCGGAUGCGACGGACAUCGCCACGAACACGGGCCCGCCGCAGCCGCAGAAAGCACCCCCGAUCCCCGCGCUUCUCUCCCGUCCGCCCAGAGAAAAACAAAGAUCCUUUUGCCGGAGGGACCGCAAUCGGCAUCGGAACCGGAGCCGCAACAACCUCACUCCUUCCUGGAAAGCGGCCCCGGCUCUGGCCCGCAACUGGACGGGGCCCUGUACGGGAUCCUCGAGUACCUGGCGCCCCGCGAUUUCUACAAGCUGGGAGCCCUGGUCGGCAGCCGGUUCUGGAGGGACCUGCUCUUUGAAGACCCCCGGACGGAGUACCUCUUUUGCGAUCGGGGGCGGACCUACCUGAAAAACGUGGUCGGCUUCCGGUGGGCCGUCCUCUCGGCCGACCCAGACCCGCUCUCGGUAUGGAAACCGCGAUUGUUAAGCGUGAGGUUAAGCGACAGCGAAAGCGACAGCGAUGGCAUCGGCCGGCAACAACAACAACGGGCCGUUCUCCCGACCGGCGGCAUCCGAUCCCCGAAUAGGGAACGGCGAAUUAGGUACCCCCUCAACCGGCAACCAAUACAAGAACGACAAGAACAGCAACAACAGCAGCACCUCGUUCUCAACCGCAUGGGGAUCCUCAGCGGUCCGGAGGAAGAAGCUUCCGUGACGGACGACACCACCGGGUACUUUGGGAUCCGGUUCCUGCGGCCCGGGGUCCUGGCGGUCUGGGGGGACUACUCCGGGAUCUUUGUGACGCCGGACGCCGAUCGCAUCCUCGAUCCGAACCGGUUCUCCCGGCCCCUUUCGUUGGGGGAAAGCGGCGGCGAACACCACAACCGACGAACCGGCCACGCCGCAAGAGACGCGGGCUACCUCUUCCCGGACGACCACCAGGUGGUGGCGGUCCACUUUGGGACCCCCUACGUCUUUCUGGGCUUUGCCCUGGGCAAGAUCCAGUCGAUCGACUCCCGGCCGGUCGGAGGGACCCCUUGCGAAGCAAGCACCGGCUACCCGCACACCGGGGAGUCUCUCUCGCACGCGGAGGCCGGCGGAGAGGUCUCCUGCCUCUGCCCCGUGGAGGGCGGGAGGCACCUGGCCAGCGCCAGCGUUGCCCGGGACCGCAACCACCAGGGGCGGCGGGCCGGCCUCCCGGGGGUCCUGGUCCACUGGGGGGCCCUGGAGGACGGGAACCUGGACCGGGCCUCGUCGGUCCUCCCCCAAGGGGGGAUCGACCGCCCGCCGGUCCUGGCCAUGGCCUCGUCCUCGAUCCGGUUCGCGGGCGGAAGCGAGACCGAGAGCGAGAGCGAGACGGUGAUCCUGUCCAUCGCGCGGAGAGAUCGGGUCCUGGACCACGUCUGCCUGUGGGAGGCAGGCGGGGAAAGGGCAGGCCCCGCCGCCAAACGCACCGAAACCACCCCUCCUUUCUUCGAGCCGCUGGUCGGCGCCGCGGUGCGGGCGGAAGCGGAACACGCCCUCCGCGUCCCGGAGUUCCUCACGAGGCGGAGAAUCCGGGGCGACCGGCAACAGUUUGUGUACCUCCGGUACUUUGAGAAGACCCGGCUGGUGGUGGGCACCAGCUGGGGCGCCCUCGUUCGGAUCGACGCGGGGGCGGCCGGGGGCGAAAGCGGAACACGCCCGCGGGUGCUGUCGGACUGCUGCCGGGGCGGCAUGGUGGAGGCCGUCGAGCUGGUGGGCCACUCCCGACCGAACGCGAUGCACGCCCCCGUGAUGGUCACGGCCGGGGGGUCGGACGGGAGGGUCCGGUUCUGGGACUGGGAGACCCUCGCCCUCCUCGGAACUCUCCGGAUCCACCCGGGCAUAAACAUGGGUCUUCCGGUCGGGAGGAAUGCCGGGAGGUAUGCCUCCCCCGGCUCCAGAUCGUGCCCCGUCGUCUCGGUCUUUUUCUGCCACCAGCGGUCCUCGCUGGUCGCCCUCUGCCGAGACGGCCACGUCCGCGAGUGGGGGAUCGAAGAACCAAGGGCCGGAAGCGCAAGCGAGUUGCCGCGGGGGAAUGAAAACACGGCCCCGGGGAGCCCCCGCCGGAGGAAUCCCCGGCGCACGGCCCCGGAGAGCCCCCGCCGGAGGAAUCCCCGGCGCAGGGUGAGGGGUUCCCCGGAGUGACGGUGGUCGGACAAAAGCACCCCCCAGCAAACAAAGGAACGAACGAACGAACGAAGGGAACGUGGAACUUGCACCGGAACCCCCAAACGAAACAAAUUCCUUGCCUCCGGGGGUGCAGGAGGCUGUUGAGGCGUUGCGUUGGGUGGGAGCAGGAGCUAGAAUGCGCACUAGGGCUUGGCAAACGAAACAAAAGAAAAUCCUACAC